CUCCACGGUACCGCAUUGGCAUCAGUAAAGGCACCCGAAAAGCCCCAACAACUAUCUCCUGGAAAACGCUGCCUGCCACCUUAUAACCCAAAAGAAAAGCGAUAUCAUAGGCCGAGCAGAAACCUGUGGCUCAGCCUUCCCGGGUUCUUUCUUUUUUUUCUUUUUUCUUUUUUCUUUUUUGGUUCGAAGUCGUGCGUAAAUAGCUGUUUUUGCGCACACCGCCAAACUGCCUCAGAGACCGAAUAGGUGCGCUUACUCGUCGAGCGUCAGAGCGCAGUGCCAAGAUGCAGAGACGGAGCGGCGACGUCUGAAGGUGACAUGAACCUGGGGAUAACCAAGAGCAGCCGGCUGAACAAGAGGUGGAGAUAGCAACUGAAAAACCGACGGUGUCUUGAAACAAAAACAAAAAAACUCGCGCUUUCUUAUUCCCCCCCUUUCCCCUCUCCUCGUGGCUUCAUCUGACGCGGAGAACCAGGAGCUGCCAUCCAAAGUAGCCUCGCAAUUUGUUGAACUGACUGGAGGAGGGAGAAGAGCUAAUUGAGCUGCAGCAGACAGUUGGGAUCCAGGAGAGGAAAACGGAAACAUGGCGACGUUAAUCAGAAGCAAGCUUUCGAAUAAACUGUCAAAUGCGGCCACGGCCGUCUCCAACAAAUCCCAGGCGAAGGUGAGCGGGAUGUUCGCCAAGAUGGGGUUCCAGGCCGCCACCGACGAGGAGGCUCUGGGCUUCGCCGCCUGCGACGACCUGGACUACGACCACCGGCAAGGCAUGCAGAUGGACAUUCUGACGUCCGACGAGCUGGGGGGAGAGGGCAGCGGGGACGGAGGCGCGCUGGACGGGGACAGCCACUACCAGAGGGACGGCACCGGUCCGCCGCACUCCGCCUCAAAGGACGGGACUCCGACGAGCGACUUGUCUGAAGUGAGACCAAAAAUCACCGCUUGGGAGGCGGGCUGGAACGUCACGAACGCAAUCCAGGGGAUGUUCGUCCUGGGGCUGCCCUACGCCAUCCUGCACGGUGGAUACCUCGGACUGUUUCUCAUUAUUUUCGCCGCCGUGGUGUGCUGCUACACGGGGAAAAUCCUCAUUGCCUGCCUGUACGAGGAGGACGAAGACGGGCAGCUCGUCCGUGUGAGGGACUCCUAUGUGGACAUUGCCAACGCCUGCUGCGCGCCCCGGUUCCCUGCGUUAGGAGGCCAUAUCGUGAAUGUAGCCCAAAUCAUAGAGCUUGUGAUGACUUGCAUCCUGUACGUGGUGGUCAGCGGCAAUCUCAUGUACAACAGCUUCCCCAACAUGCCGAUCUCCCAGAAGUCGUGGGCCAUCAUCGCCACCGCCGCCCUCCUCCCCUGCGCCUUCCUCAAGAACCUGAAAGCCGUCUCCAAGUUCAGCCUGCUGUGCACGCUGGCCCACUUCGUCAUCAACGUCCUGGUGAUCGCCUACUGCCUCUCCAGGGCCAGGGACUGGGCCUGGGACAAGGUCAAGUUCUACAUCGACGUCAAGAAGUUCCCCAUCUCCAUUGGGAUUAUCGUGUUCAGCUACACCUCGCAGAUCUUCCUGCCGUCCCUGGAGGGCAACAUGAGCAAGCCGAGCGAGUUCCACUGCAUGAUGAACUGGACUCACAUCGCUGCCUGCAUCCUCAAGGGCCUGUUCGCCCUGGUGGCCUACUUGACCUGGGCCGACGCAACCAAGGAGGUCAUCACAGACAACCUGCCCCCGGGCAUCCGCGCCGUCGUCAACAUCUUCCUCGUGGCCAAAGCCUUGCUGUCGUACCCGCUGCCGUUUUUCGCCGCCGUCGAGGUUUUGGAGAAGUCCUUUUUCCAGGACGGGGGACGCGCCUACUUCCCAGAUUGCUACGGAGGCGACGGACGCCUAAAGUCCUGGGGACUCAGCCUCCGGUGUGCUCUCGUCGUGUUUACCUUGCUCAUGGCCAUCUACGUGCCGCACUUCGCCCUCCUCAUGGGCCUCACCGGCAGCCUGACGGGCGCGGGCCUGUGCUUUCUGCUUCCCAGCCUCUUCCACCUCAAGCUUUUAUGGAGAAAGCUGCUAUGGCACCAGGUUUUCUUUGACGUCGCCAUCUUCGUAAUAGGAGGUAUAUGCAGCAUAUCCGGCUUUAUCCACUCGAUGGAGGGGCUCAUAGAGGCUUUCAAGUAUAACAUAGAAGAGUAGACGCGUCGCUGGAGCUAGAUGUUAACUGCAAACCCCCUCCCCUCCCUCCCCUCCCCAACAUUUAGUGAAAAAAAAGAUAAAUAUAUAAAUAUAUAUAUAAAUAUAAAACACAAGACGUCCUGGUAAAAAGCGCAAAGCCCCCCUCUCCGCUUAACUCAUGCGUAAAAACGCGCGCACUCAUACAGUCUUGCGUCACACACAAACACACACACACAGAGGAAUAGAAAUAGAGGGAAAUCCACAAACACACUAUAUGGACAAUACAUGUUGUAUAAAUAUGCGAGGCAAAACGUGCAUAUACAUAUUUUCCAGUGGAGUGAACGUUUACAAUAUUGACCUUAAAACGAAAACGUUGCAAAAAGGGCAGUUUGUCUCUAUCGUCGCUCUUGUGGUGCUUCCCAGCCCCUCCUCCCUCCCCCCGCCCCCCGCCACGCGAGAUUUCACUUCACGUAGCGCUCCGGUGUGUGAUGGGACGGAUGCCCGACAGCAUAGUGUGAUUAAAAUCAUGGUUAAAAGAUAUUUAAACGAGAGCGAGAGAGAAAGAAAAAAACAACAAAACAAAGCAAAAUAGAAAAAUGCCACUUUUCUGCUGUAGGUACUUUUUUUUUUUUUUUUUGCAAUAUGA